AUGGCAGCACCUCCUCAUCAUUUUAUGCAAAAUUUGAAUAAUCCUCAGCCAACUGCCAUGAGGAGUUCUUUUGGACCAUCACCAAUGCAGACCCAAAUGGCUCCAGGGGGCAUGCAGAAUACUAUGCCAACACAAAUGCCUGUUCAGUUGUCUAAUCCAAUGGGUAGUCCUAUGGUGUCACAAAUGAGCAAUCCAAUGAAUGGAACCAUGACAAAUCCAAUGAAUCCCAGUAUGAAUGGAGGUUCACCAAUGUUAAGUCAAAUGAAUCAGCACUACAAUAUGAGCAGUUCAAUGAAUGGAACUCAAAUGGUACCUCAUCAACCUCCUACACAAAUGCCUAUGCAGUCAAGACCCAUGGAAUUUACACCUGCUCUGAAUCACCAUGAAAUGCCUCAACAAACUCCAACAGUUGCUCCAACUCCCCCAUCAGUUCCUGUGCAACAGCAACAGCAACAAGCCAAAGAAUUUAAUACUGCGUCGUUAUGUAGGUUAGGACAAGAGACUGUUCAAGAUAUUAUUAGUAGAACACAAGAAGUGUUUCAGACUUUAAAACAGAUACAGCCUCCUAAUGGAACUCCUCAAUCUCUUAAUACAAGCAACGAAAAAAAGGCCAAAGUUCAAGAACUUCUCCGUACAAUUAGGGUACUUUUCAAAAGACUUCGGUUAAUAUACGAAAAAUGUAAUGAAAUUUGCCAGCUACAGGGCAUGGAAUACACACAUAUUGAAAGUUUGAUUCCAUUCAAAGACGAACUGGAUCCGAAACAUGACGAGAAGAAAAAUUCCGAAGCUUAUCGAACAGCUUGUGAUGAGAGUAAGGAAGUAAUGGAGCAGGUCGUUUUAAAAAAUAAACAACUCAAAGAAGUUAUCGAUCAUUUAAGGCGUAUUAUUUGGGAGAUCAACACAAUGCUCACUAUGAGAAAAUCUUAG